UCUUCUGCGGCAGCGCCCCUUGAGCGCUCUAUAUCCUAUCAAUCGGCCACUUCGAUCAGGAGUCACCGGUCUACCGCUCGCGCCCGCAAGAGGCUGACAUCACAGCCCCCGAGCUCGGCGUCGUCCAUCGCCGCGUCCGACAAGUCUCUGACCUCGUUUCCUUCCUUUUCCCCGGACUCCCCACGCGAAGAGAGAAGCUACUUCUUCCGCGAGGACGACGACACGACGCCGGUAACCUCAUCACGCAAGACAUCGGGACAGAGCCUGGCCGUCCCGGAACAGGGUGACACCAAGGAGCCGGAGCAGAGCAAGGGCGGCGACGGACAAGGGCAGCAGGGAAACGGUCACCAGGAACGGGCCCGGCCGUCUGCGAUUGUGGAUCACCUCACCGCCACCGCAGUCGUAUCCCCCGCGCGCGGCGCCCUGUUCGACGAUGCGCCGCCGCCAUCACGCAACAUCCCCGGAGCGCUGCACCUCGCCGAUGACGAGCAUAUCGAGCGCCUGAUCGCCCGCCACGGCGCCGUCAACCUCGUGCGCCAGAUAGCCGAGGACCUUGCCCGGCGAGAUGCCCAGAUCUCGACUCUGCGUCGGCGGGCCGACGAGCGGGAGCGGGCGCUGCGCAAGAUCAUUCUGGAGUGUGGCCUGUCCAGCCUGGAUCUCGAGACGCGCCUGCGAGCCGUGGAGCAGCAGGCAAAGGCCAACGGGGCUUCGAGACGGGCAUCGGGAGAAGGCAUCUCGGACCUCGUGACGGAUGCCAUGGCCGAAGACAUGAGGCAUCAUCCCUUUUCAAGCCACGUCUUCGAUGACGCAACCAUCCGUUCAAGCUCGGUUCCCUUACCGGUUAACACGGAUGCUGAGCUUCCCAAGGGUUCGGCGCGCGGGUGGAAGGACUACCUUUGGGGCAGCAGUACGGUAAAGAAGUCCGGCCGGGCAGAUAGCCUGCUGCGAGAGGCAAGCAAGCAGCCACCCGCUGUUGUCAAGGCCACGCCGGCAGAGCGACGGCCGGCCCUGCAGGAAGACCUUUUCACUCCGCCCCAAGAGGACCUGCCCGUGCGGAGUCCCAGCCGAGCGUCCAGCAUCGGCUCGAGCAAUGCCUCCCGAAAACCGUCCCUGGCGAGCAUGGCGUUGCGGCUGGUGGCGGGCGGAGGGUCAACGGCGCGUGACGGCGAGGCUCGCGGACGCACGAGCAGUGCCCAGUCAGGGGCCGCGACGAGGACACCGUCGAGCUCGAGCCUCAACGCCGGCGGCUCGGUCCGUGCCGCGUCGUCUCAGAGCAGCGGCCCGAAGGCCUUGAUGGCAAUGCGCCGACCAGCCGGCCCCGUCCGCCCCAUCGAUGUCCCGCCGCCGCGAGCCUUCACCCAAGACCGCUGGGAUACCAUGGCCCCUACGCCUGGAGGUGACCAGCUUGCGUCGCACCACCAGAACUACGGUCCGGUCGAGAUGGACACGAUCCUCCCGGCGGAGGCCCAGCCGCCGACAUUGACACAGUUCUACAACAACCACGUGGGCGCCGACCUGCUCACCGACCGCUUCGGCUUCAUCUACGAUCAGCGCCGGAAGAAGCGCCAACGGGAGGCGGCUCAAAUGGCCCGCCAUGCGAAGAAGAAUAGCCGCGCCGAGAUGGUCCACGGCCGAAACGGCCUGUCUCCGGUGGUGCUGGAGGACAACGCCAGCGGAAAUGUGAGCGUCAGUAGCGACGGCCGGCCCGACACGCCCGGCUCGUCCGAAGAGCCCCGCGAGGAAGCGAAGCCCAAGAGAUGGCAGGAUUACCUCAAGAUCGCGACCUUCCCGACCGAACUCCUCUCUCACACGCCCUCGAUCAGCGCCCUGGGUGUCGAGGUGUUGGAGGCUUCCGAGACGCCCAAAUCCCCCGGCCAGUCGCCGAGCAUCGUGUCGGAGGACAGGGGCUUCUUGCCGUCCGCCACCACCACCACGGCCGCAAUAACGCCAAGCGACAGCGAGAUCCAGCCCGUUUCCGAGUCCGAUCAGCAACAGCACCGGCAGCAGCAGCCACAACAGCAGUCUUCUCCCGCGACGCUCGCGAAAGAAGACGCCGAGCCCGUCCGGCUGCUCCUGGAGAACCUCAACAACUUGCACGAUACCCUCCAGCGCGAGAAGACGGUCAGGUGGAACGACUUUCUCCGCAAGGUCAGGGCGGAGCGCAAACGCGACGGCGAGGCGGCGGCGGCGGCCGCCGAGGCGCGGUUCCAGCGCGCCACCGCCGUCAUGCCCGAGACGCGCAUCGGGGACGGCGAGCUGAUCGGCGUCGCCAGCCUCGGCAUCCAGGGCAAGAUCGGCCGGGCCAAAGCCAGCGAGUUCCGCUCCCUGGUGCUCGGCGGCAUCCCCGUCGCCUACCGGUCCAAGAUCUGGUCCGAGUGCUGCGGCGCCAACGCGCUCCGCAUCCCCGGCCACUACGCCUCCCUGGUCGCCCGCCCGGAAACCAGCGACGACCCGCAGGUGGUCGCCCAGAUCAAGGCCGACAUCACGCGCACCCUGACGGACAACAUCUUCUUCCGCAAGGGGCCCGGCGUCCAGAAGCUCCACGAGGUCCUGCUCGCCUACUCGCGCCGCAACCCGGACGUGGGCUACUGCCAGGGCAUGAACCUGGUGGUGGCCAACCUCCUCCUGAUCACGCCGUCGGCCGAGGACGCCUUCUGGAUCCUGUGCUCCAUGGUGGAGACGAUCCUGCCGCCGCACUACCUGGACCACUCGCUGCUGGCGUCGCGCGCGGACCAGACGGUGCUGCGCCAGUACGUGCGCGAGGUGCUGCCGCGCCUGUCGGCGCACUUCGACGCCCUCGCCAUCGACCUCGAGACCAUGACGUUCCAGUGGUUCCUCUCCCUCUUCACCGACUGCCUCUCCGCCGAGGCCCUCUUCCGCGUCUGGGACGUCGUCCUCUGCCACCCGGCCGACGCCGGCGCCUUCCUCUUCCAGGUCGCCCUCGCCCUCCUCAAGCUCAACGAGGCCGCCCUCCUCCGCUGCGAGAGCCCCGCCGCCGUCUACACCUACAUCAACCACCAGAUGACCAACCACGCCAUCAGCAUCGACGGCCUCGUCCAGGCCAGCGAGGCCCUCCGCCGCCUGGUCAGGAGGGACGAGCUCCAGGCCCGCAGAGCCCGCGCGGUGGAGGGGGAGAGGCGCGCGGCACAGGGAAGA